CCGCCUCGGCUCCAGCAUCCCUGGGCGGGUCCUCUGUGGGUCGGGCAGCCGGCCGUGUAGCACUUCCGGCGGGAUCAGGUUUCCUUCAGCCCCGCAUUUAAAUGGAGCUGCAGGACGUCAGCUGCUGCCUCAUUCAGCGCUGAGCCGUGACAGAAAGCGGCCCAGAGCGCCUCUUCCACUCCCUCCCUCUGUCUGUCGACACUGAAGGAGAUCUUAAGUGAUCGUUCCUGGACGGUUUGGGUUGUUUUUAUUGAUGAGAGGACCGGGGAGACUGAACAAUUAAUACCGGCGGCGGCUGCAGCUCGGUGCAUCAUAACCGGGAUUCCAUCGCACUGGGACAGUAGCGGAGGGAUAUUAGCUUUUUUUUUUCUCCUUCAGCGUUUUGCAGCUUCAUGAAGGAAAUAGCAAACAAACUCACUGAAAACUGAGCUGUUGUUGUGCAGCUGUAGUGGCCUUGGCUUGUUGGGCGGAUCAGUGUCAGGUUUGACGUUUGAUAAACAAAGGACAUUUUUUGUCAUUUAAUCAUUAGAACUGACUAAAAUCCUGAACAUUUUUGUAAGUAAAUGUCACAUUUUGUUUGAAGUUUGGUCUUCAUAAAAGUUUUUUUUUAACAUUUACCAAACGUCGAGCUACAAAAAGGCAAAAAUAAUAAUAAUACUAAUAAUAACUCUGGUAGAAGUAGUCCAAAAGCACAGUAACCAUGUUCAGCUGGCUUGGAACCGAUGACAGGAGGAAGAAGGAUCCAGAAGUGUUUCAAACGGUCAGCGAAGGACUAAAGAAACUCUACAAAACCAAACUCCUUCCCCUGGAGGAGAGCUACAAGUUCCACGAGUUCCAUUCUCCAGCCCUGGAGGAUGCUGACUUCGACAACAAGCCCAUGGUCCUCCUGGUGGGACAGUACUCCACUGGCAAGACCAGCUUCAUACGCUACCUGUUGGAGCAGGAUUUCCCUGGAAUGCGGAUUGGCCCCGAGCCCACCACGGAUUCUUUCAUUGCAGUGAUGCACGGGGACACAGAAGGGGUGAUACCCGGCAACGCUUUGGUCGUCGACCCCAAGAAGCCCUUCAGGAAGCUGAACGCCUUUGGAAACGCAUUCCUCAACAGGUUUGUGUGUGCGCAGCUUCCUAACCCCGUGCUGGAGAGCAUCAGCGUGAUCGACACGCCGGGGAUUCUGUCCGGAGAAAAACAGAGGAUCAGCAGAGGCUAUGACUUUGCUGCUGUCCUGGAGUGGUUUGCAGAGCGUGUGGACAGGAUUAUCCUGCUGUUCGAUGCCCACAAACUGGACAUAUCUGACGAGUUCUCAGAGGUGAUAAAGGCCCUGAAGAACCAUGAGGACAAGAUCAGGGUUGUUCUGAACAAGGCAGAUCAGAUUGAGACCCAGCAGCUGAUGAGGGUGUAUGGCGCUUUGAUGUGGUCAUUGGGGAAAAUUGUCAACACCCCCGAGGUGAUCCGCGUCUACAUCGGGUCCUUUUGGUCCCACCCACUCUUGAUUCCUGACAACAGGAAGCUGUUUGAAGCAGAGGAGCAGGAUCUAUUCAAGGACAUCCAGUCUUUACCCAGAAAUGCAGCGCUGAGAAAACUCAACGAUCUGAUUAAAAGAGCAAGACUAGCCAAGGUCCACGCUUACAUCAUCAGCGCACUGAAGAAGGAAAUGCCUUCUGUUUUUGGGAAAGAAAACAAGAAGAAAGAGCUGAUUGCUAGUCUGGGGGAUAUUUAUAAACGGAUUGAAAGGGAGCAUCAGAUUUCACCUGGGGAUUUUCCCAAUCUGAAGAAAAUGCAGGACCUGCUGCAGGAUCAAGAUCUCACCAGGUUCCAGGCGCUGAAGCCCAAACUCCUGGAGGCCGUAGACGACAUGUUAGCCAGUGACAUCGCCAGUUUAAUGGUUCUGGUGCGCCAAGAGGAAAGCCAGCGGCCCAAUUCAGCGGUGAAAGGUGGUGCCUUCGACGGCACUCUGAACGGCCCGUUUGGACAUGGUUACGGGGAAGGGGCGGGUGAAGGCAUCGAUGAAGCAGAGUGGGUCGUGGCCCGGGACAAGCCUGCUUACGAUGAGAUUUUCUACACGCUGUCCCCCGUUAACGGGAAGGUGACCGGCGCCAACGCCAAGAGGGAGAUGGUGAAGUCAAAACUGCCCAACACAGUGCUGGGAAAGAUCUGGAAGCUGGCCGACAUCGAUAAGGACGGCAUGCUCGAUGAUGAAGAGUUUGCCUUGGCCAACCACCUCAUAAAGGUGAAACUGGAGGGACAUGAACUGCCGUCAGAGCUGCCCGCACACCUAGUGCCCCCUUCUAAAAGGAAGAUAGCAGAUUAAGAGUAAAAACUAUUCCAUGACCAUCUGUACUUUAAAUUGCGCUACAUCAUCAGUAGAGUUUCUGCUGUAACAGCUUACGGUAAAGCAAAAACUGACAAAUCCAUUAGUCCUGCUGCGUCUGUCAUCUUAUUAUUUGUGGUCUUUCUUCAGGCAUGUAUGCAGAAAAAUAUCUUUGAAUAAAAAAUGGAAAGUACAGAGCAACGUCAGCACAUUGGCUGGAAAUUACUCAGUCGAAAAAAAUAUUAGCAAAAAGUUAGAUUUUUUUUUAUUUUAUAAUUUGACCUGCAAUAGCAGGAAAAAGGGUUGGAUCUUUAAAGGGAGAGUUUAAAAAAAAAAGUAAAUUAGUCAUUAGUUUGUAAUUCCUUUAUAAACACGUUAUUGCAGAAUAAACUUCACGCUUGUUAUAAAGAGUAAACACAAACACUGGGAUAUAGAGAAAUUGGAGCAAAAGCAGAGCUUGUUGACAUUAGCAGAAGAGUUCAGUUCCUUUUCUAAUGUCGAUCCAGAUUAAACUGCUGUAUUUAUUGGUCAUUCUACUUUCAGGUGUUUUUAUUUGAGCUGUUUAGUUAUGAAACAUUAAGCAACAAAGAUGUCAUGAAGAAAGAACAAACAUAAAGAGGGAGAAACAAAAUCAUUACAGACAUUUGCACCAGUAACUGAAAAAAAACACGUUUUGAAACUGCAACAUCUGGAUGAAAACUCAGCCUUUAAAAAUGUCAUGAACCUCUAUGGAUACUGUGAUUAUUGAACAAAGAUGAUGAAUGUGUCUGUCGUCAUGUAUGUAUUCAUUCAAACACAACUAUUAAUGUAAUUUCUUGUAACCCAAAUGUAAUAACUUGUAAGCGUCGCAUAUGUAUUAAUUUUAGAGUUUUUUCUUUGAUUUCCUGAAGGAAGAAUCUGGAAUAAACUAACAUGAAAGUCCUAAGACUGAAUCAACAGUUUGUUUAUUUGCGUUGACUUGUGCAACACUGUGCAACACUUUAUUAAGGCUCGUAUGUGUCAGUGGAAUACAGUAGAUGAGAUAUUUCAAAAUGCUGUUUAAGGUUGUUCUUUAGGUCAUGUUUCUGUACUGCGACUGUAAAUCUAAUGAACAUUAGAUUUAGGAAUCAUACACAUGUUCCUCUGUGCUGCACACAUCACCUAACCUUUUUUCCCCCCUUUAAUUUAAUGUGUCAAGCAAUUAAAAUGUGAAGCAGAUGGCUGUUGGAUGUAGUUUGCAGAAUCUGUAAGAUGUUUCCACACUGGUUGCAACACAAACGUAGCAGCAAACAUUCUGUGUUUAAUGUCUCUAAAUAAUAUUGCAUCACUUGCUUUUGUGUCAUCAUAAAAUGCUUAGAAGUGUAAUAAAACCCAUAUAUUCUGCUCCUAA